AUGUCUGCAACUAUGUCUGCAACUAUGUCUGCAUUUCCUCGUAUUAGUCAACCAAUGGGUCCACCUUCACAACCUCCCGUUGGUUAUAGAUCUACUGUAUAUAAUACUACUAAUCCAAUAAUGGUUUUACCACGUAUAAAUACACAGACAGGCAAUCCUUUACUAAGUCGGAGGUCGACUGGACCAGCUGUACCUGGUACAACGGGAGCAGCUGAUGAAAAGGCUAGCUAUGACGACGUUUUAACCUUUACUGGGGUUGACCUAAAAGAAGAAACAGAUAAUAUUUUAAGAGAAAAUGAAUUAUUGGGAAUUCGACAAUCUACUUUUACAACACAACUUCCAGAUCGUUCACGGACGCAGAGUUUCUUGGAUCAAAGAAAUCUCUCAAAUGUGGUUACAUCUAUAGCUAUGCAACAUAAGUUAGGCGUAAGUCCUGAUGUGAUGACCUAUCUAGCGCUUGCUACACAAGAGAGAGUAAGAUCGUUAGUGGAAUCAAUGAUUGCUGCUAAAAAUCAUCGAAUACACUCGGAACAUAUACAUCAUCCAAGUGUAACCGAUGGUGAUGGUGAGAAUUUACCAAUGUAUAAAGAAGCUGUUAGCUUGGACGUGAAAUCACAAUUGCUUGCAAUUGAAAAAGUUGAUCGUGAACAUGAACGUAAAAGAAAAGAAAUUCGAGCAGGAUUAAAAAAUGAUAGUAAAACGGAAGAUAAAGAUGAUUCAAAAGAUCAAUCAGAGACAACCACUGCACCAAAACGUAAUAAACCUAUAAAUAAGCUUACAGUCGACACAAAGAAUACUAAUAUGACAGCUUUAUCAGCAGCUGGUGGUAAAACUAAAAGUUGGAUGAUUGAUAUUCAAUCUGAAGUACCUUCAACUUCAGUUAUUAAUGGUGGCGAUACUGCUGCUACGAGACCAUCACGUGGACGUUCAAGAUCGACUUCAAAUGCUAAAAAUUUUUCUACCUUUAAAAGGGGAGAAACUCAACAAGGAGGAGGUUCAACCUCCAGCAUCACCACUGGACCAUUUGUGACUGGUCAACAGCAACCGUCUAAUGGACCGGCUCCAACAAUAACGGUAAAAGAUGCUCUCUUUGUAUUAGAAAGAGAUCGUGGUGGUGGCGGUGGUGCCGGAAGUGGCCGUGAAGUAUUAAUGAAGGUAUUAAAUGGAAUUCGAUAAGGUUAUGUCAAAUGGCUUAGAUGAAUAAAUUUUCAUCAAAUGGCUGGGAUUUCAAAUUAUUUUUAACAGUAAGUACAAAAUUACUUGUGAAAAUAAGUGUAAAUGAAAUAUUAUAUACUUUUUACUCUGCAUAUAGUUUCUAGCAACUUAUUGUAUUAAAAAAAAACAAGAUGAAAUUUUGUAUAUAUUUUAAUAA